AUGGCGGAGCUCCGCCACUCCUCUUCUCUCGGCAGCCGAGCCACCAAUUCUCCGAUGAAGCGUGACGCCGUCGUCGGCGUCGGCGGCGGCGAUGCCUCCCCUCUCAUUCCCGACAGCCAUCUUGCCGCCGACGAUGAGCACGAUCGCCACUCGUCUAAGGACCGCGAACGGCACGUCUGCUCCUUCUUCAACGACGACCCUAGGGUUUCACCUCACAACUCCAGGAUCUCUGUGUUCUUCACCUUCCUUCUUCUCCUCGUUGGUUUAGUCUCCGUGUUCACAAUUUUCCAUAAACUCAAUGCCCCUUACUUGUGUAAAAAGGACGGGAUUGUUCUUCAUUGCCCACAUGUUAAGGAAUCGCCAUCUCUCUGGGAAAAUCCUUUCUCAUCGACAACAUCUUGGAAGCCCUGUGCUGAGCGCCGGGAUGGUGUUUUAUCAGAUCUUCCUCCUGAAAAUGAAACAAAUGGCUAUAUAUUCAUCCAUGCUGAAGGUGGUCUAAAUCAGCAAAGAAUUGCGAUAUGCAAUGCAGUGGCUGUGGCCAAAAUAAUGAAUGCCACUCUUAUCUUGCCUGUUUUGAAGCAGGAUCAGAUUUGGAAAGAUCAAACUAAAUUUGAAGACAUUUUCGAUGUGGAUCACUUCAUUGACUAUCUGAAGUAUGAUGUUCGUAUUGUACGAGAUAUCCCAAAAUGGUUUACUGAUAAAUCAGAGCUAUUUUCUAGCAUAAGACGGACUGUAAAAAACAUUCCAAAAUAUGCACCUGCACAGUUUUACAUCGAUAAUGUUCUGCCCCGAAUCAAGGAGAAGAAGAUUAUGGCUCUUAAACCGUUUGUUGACAGGCUGGGAUAUGACAAUGUUCCUCCGGAAAUCAACAAGCUGAGAUGUAGAGUUAAUUAUCAUGCGCUCAAAUUUCUUCCUGCUAUAGAGCAGAUGGCUGAUUCACUAGCAUCAAGAAUGAGAAACCGAACUGGCAGUUCAAACCCUUAUAUGGCUCUGCAUCUACGAUUUGAGAAAGGAAUGGUGGGACUGUCAUUCUGUGAUUUUGUGGGGACAAGAGAGGAGAAAGUCAAAAUGGCAGAGUAUAGAAAAAAGGAGUGGCCUCGACGGUACAAGAAUGGUUCCCAUCUUUGGCAAUUAGCUCUGCAGAAGCGCAAGGAAGGACGAUGUCCUCUAGAGCCUGGAGAAGUGGCUGUUAUUCUUCGGGCUAUGGGCUAUCCAAAGGAAACUCAAAUUUAUGUAGCUUCUGGACAGGUGUAUGGUGGACAAAACCGGAUGGCUCCCCUAAGGAAUAUGUUCCCUAAUCUGGUUACCAAGGAGGAGCUAGCAACCAAAGAGGAGUUAGAUGGUUUCAGAAAGCAUGUGACAAGCCUUGCAGCUCUUGACUUCUUAGUGUGCUUGAAGUCAGAUGUAUUCGUGAUGACCCAUGGAGGCAACUUUGCUAAGCUGAUUAUCGGGGCUCGUAGAUACAUGGGCCACCGUCUAAAGUCAAUUAAGCCUGACAAAGGGCUAAUGUCCAAGUCUUUUGGGGAUCCAUACAUGGGUUGGGCUACUUUUGUAGAAGAUGUUGUUGUUACUCACCAGACACGGACGGGAUUGCCAGAAGAGACUUUCCCUAACUAUGACCUCUGGGAGAACCCUCUGACCCCAUGCAUCAAGGAAUCUGUUGGUACCGCCCGCAAAUAUGAUGUCCCCACAACGAGGCUGUCCUUGAAACCAGUCAGCACUUUAGCAGAUUUCGUGUUUCACUUGCACGUUUCCUCUCGGAAUCCUCCCCACAUUGGAAGAUGUGUGUGGUCUCAAAAUGUAUCCGAGAGUGACCGACAGCAAGCUAACAUUCCACCAAGAGGUUGGAACUCCUAUGAUUCCUUUAGCUGGACAAUAUCUGAAGAAGAAUUCUUACAGAGUGCUGAAAUAGUUUCUCAGCGUCUCCAUGAUCAUGGAUAUGAGUAUGUUGUGGUGGAUUAUCUCUGGUAUAGAAGAAAAGUUCAGGGUGCUUAUCAUGAUUCCCUUGGAUUUGAUGUGAUUGAUGAAUGGGGAAGGAUGCUUCCUGAUCCAGGAAGGUGGCCUUCUUCUGAAAAGGGGAAAGGAUUUGCUGAAGUGGCUAAUCAAGUUCAUAGCUUGGGUUUAAAAUUUGGGAUUCAUGUCAUGAGAGGAAUAAGCACACAAGCUGUCAACGCAAACACCCCUAUCCUUGAUACAACAACGGGAGGUGCUUAUCAAGAAUCUGGCCGUGUGUGGUAUGCAAAAGACAUAGCAAUCCGAGAAAGGGCCUGUGCAUGGAUGCCUCAUGGUUUCAUGAGUGUGAAUACAAAGUUGGGAGCUGGGAAAGCCUUUUUGAAAUCCCUUUAUGAGCAGUAUGCUUCAUGGGAUGUUGAUUUUGUGAAACAUGACUGUGUAUUUGGGGAUGACUUUGAUUUAAAUGAAAUAAGCUAUGUGUCUGAGGUUCUCAAGGAGUUUGAUCGUCCCAUUGUAUAUUCUUUGUCUCCUGGAACCAGUGUGACACCAGCCAUGGCCAAGGAUGUCAGUGGACUGGUCAAUAUGUAUCGUAUAACAGGAGAUGACUGGGAUACAUGGCAGGAUGUCAAAGCACAUUUUGAUAUUGCAAGGGGUUUUGCAAAUGCUAAUAUGAUAGGAGCAAAAGGUUUAAUGGGGAAAUCCUGGCCUGAUUUGGACAUGCUACCCUUUGGAUGGCUAACAGAUCCUGGUUCAAAUGAAGGUCCACAUAGGUUUAGUUCCCUCAAUCUGGAAGAAAAGAAGACACAGAUGACUCUGUGGUCCAUGUCUAAGUCUCCCCUUAUGUAUGGUGGAGAUGUUCGGAAGAUUGAUCCUAGCACAUAUGACAUCAUCACAAAUCCUACCCUUUUGGAGAUUAAUUCUUUUAGCUCAAAUAAUAUGGAGUUUUCUUACAUCAUAAGUGUUAAGAGUGAAGAUCAGGAUUUUGGUAUGAGAAGAAGCAGCAAAGAAAUAAAGACAACUACCACUCAUUCGUUAAGACUCACAAGCUGCACCGAGUCAAAGGCAAGGGGUUGGGCUAGUGAAAGUCUUAACCAAUAUCUUGAAAGAAUAUGUUGGAAAAGGAGUUUAGGAAACAAGCAUCUUCCCCCCUUCUGUGUGCACAAAAGAGAACUUUACUUCCCACUCCUAUUAGAUGAAGUGAGUAUGUAUCAAGAGUAUCAUCAAGGGAAAUACCAUUUAGUUGCAAGCAACAAAAUAAAGUUUUGCUUGGAUGCUUCUCCAAAACACAAGCUCACUUCUAAAGAGUUCAAGAGAGGGACAUUUUCUCCCUGCAGGUGGGAUUCAAAUCAGAUGUGGGAAUUGAACCCUAAUGGGACCCUGGUGAAUAGUUAUUCUGGCUUGUGUGCAAUAAUAGAGUCUCGGGAAGAUAUCAUUAAUUCUGGUGGCUUGCACUCUUGGAUUGCUGUCGGAAGAAAAGGAGAAGUCUAUAUUGCUUUCUUCAAUCUAAGUGAACAGAAGAUGGUAAUAUCUGCACAAGUAUCUAAUCUGGCUAAGUCACUUCCUGGCAGAGACUUCAGUUCUUGUGAGGGCAGUGAAGUGUGGAGUGGAGAUGCUGUACAAAUAACUGAAGGGACGUUCUCAACAGCGGUGGAAAUGCAUGGAAGUGCUCUAAUUGUUCUAAAUUGCAGCUAG